AUGGCGUUGAAAGCCAGAGCGCUUUACAACUUCCAGAGCGAAAACAAAGAGGAGAUCAGCAUCCAGGAGAACGAGGAGCUCGUCAUCUUCAGCGAGAACUCUCUGGACGGGUGGUUACAGGGCCAAAACAGCCGUGGGGAGACUGGUCUCUUCCCUGCUUCCUAUGUCGAGAUCCUCCGCUCCCGGGCGGGCUCCAACUACACGGACUACUCCAACAGCCCAGUUGGCUCCCCUGGGCACGAGUCUUCCUUCUACUCGGCAUCCCCCAACCCUGGCAUCUCCUACCAGGGCAGUUUUGAGGAUGACGACGAUGAUGAUUGGGAUGACUGGGAUGAUGCGUGCACGGUGGUGGAGGAGCCCCGGAGCGCGCCGGGCACCAACGGGCACCCCUCGCCCAGCCUACAGUACCCGGCGGCCUACGGCCACCACCAGCAUGCUGGCUACCGGCCCAACCAGCACAGCAUGAGCUCCUCCAAGAGGGGCAGCGUGGUGGGGAGGAACCUCAACCGCUUCUCCUGCUUCGUGCGCUCCGGGGUUGAAGCCUUCAUCCUGGGCGACGUUCCCCUGAUGUCCAAGAUCGCUGAGACGUACUGCAUCGAGAUGGGCUCCAAAGGUCCCCAGUGGAGGGCAAACCCCCACCCCUUCAUCUGCUCUGUGGAGGACCCCACCAAGCAAACCAAGUUCAAGGGCAUCAAGAGCUACAUCUCCUACAAGCUGACCCCCAGCAACAUCAACUCGCCUGUGUACCGGCGGUACAAGCACUUCGACUGGCUCUACAACCGCCUCCUGCACAAGUUCACGGUGAUCUCGGUGCCCCACCUGCCCGAGAAACAGGCCACCGGCCGCUUCGAGGAGGACUUCAUCGAGAAGCGCAAGCGGCGGCUGAUCCUCUGGAUGGACCACAUGACCAGCCACCCCGUCCUCUCCCAGUACGAGGGCUUCCAGCACUUCCUCUGCUGCCGCGAUGAGAAGCAGUGGAAGCUGGGCAAACGCCGGGCGGAGAAGGAUGAGAUGGUGGGCGCCAGCUUCCUCCUCACCAUCCAGAUCCCUACUGAGCACCAGGACCUGCAGGACGUGGAGGACCGUGUGGAUGCGUUCAAGGCCUUCAGCAAGAAGAUGGACGACAGUGUCCUGCAGUUGACCAAUGUGGCCUCGGAGCUGGUGCGCAAGCACGUGGGAGGCUUCCGGAAGGAGUUCCAGAAGCUGGGCAAUGCCUUCCAAGCCAUCAGCCACUCCUUCCACAUGGACCCUCCCUAUAGCUUGGAUGCCCUCAACAAUGCCAUCUCCCACACGGGCAAGACGUACGAGACUGUGGGGGAGAUGUUUGCUGAGCAGCCCAAGAAUGACCUGUUCCUCAUGCUGGACACUCUCUCCUUGUACCAAGGGCUCCUCUCCAACUUCCCGGAUAUCAUCCACCUCCAGAAAGGCGCCUUCGCAAAGGUGAAGGAGAGCCAGCGGAUGAGCGAUGAGGGCAGGAUGGACCAGGAGGAAGCGGAUGGGAUCCGCAAGCGCUGCCGCGUGGUGGGCUUCGCCCUGCAGGCCGAGAUGAACCACUUCCACGAGCGGCGUGUGGCCGACUUCAAGAGGAUGAUGCAGUCCUACCUAAGGCAGCAGAUCGUCUUCUACCAGCGCGUCAGCCAGCAGCUGGAGAAGACGUUGCGCAUGUAUGACAACCUCUAACGCCUCCGCUCGCUCUGUCCGCAGCCUUCCAAGCCUCCUCCGUCUGCGACAGGCUGAGAACGAACGGGAACUCAUCACGCUAGUGACCAAAUAACUUUGGGCUUUCUUCCCC